UCCCUGCCUUCCACACUCCACGGUUCAGUCCAGUCAGUUGAUUAAGAAUAGAAGUCAGGUGGAGUAUCCUCAUUUGCAGGUUUCAUAACACCCACCCCCCGGCCCAAUGACAAAUGGACCUCGGAAGGGUUAAUAAAUGCCAAAACAAACUACUGUAAACCCAUCUACACCUUAAAUACAUUUAAAUGUGUUAAAUCAAAUACUCAAAUCAUUUACUGAUAUAUAGUUUAACAAAAUCUUUGAGAUAUCAAAAUCUUCAGGCAGUAUCAAAGAUGCCGAUUCAUCACCUAUGCAGAGAAGGAUGCGGCUCAGAGCUCCUUCACAGGCACUACUCGAAGCUCGUGACCACAGGCUUAUGAAUAGCUGAUGAAAGUAUCUCAAAUUAUUAGAUUAUUUCCUCAGAUUCAUUAAAUCAUUUACAUACAGAAAUGUCCCAAGUUCUGAAAAUUACAUUCACUUAUACAGUCAUUAUUUGGGGCUCCUUCACUAUGAAUUAGUGCAUCAGUGCUCCUGCAUUUACUUUUCCUGGCCAUCCUCUCAGUGCUGCAGCACUUUUCCCUUCCAGUCAACUUGCCAUUAAUAUGCCACUAUCUGGCAGCCUUUUUAGGAAUAGAGGCUGCAGCUCAGCCUCUCUGUGGAGAGCAUCGAUGAUCAUCAUCAUCAUCAUCGGCACAACUGCUACGCCUGCUGAACUAAACCGAGCAGAACGAGGGACACAGCUCAACACAGGAGCAAAGAGAGGAGGAUUUGCUUCACGCGCAGACCGACGGCAGCCACGAUGCCCCGCUGCAGAGUCAACUUAAGGACCGUGAUUUUCCUGGUGAUCCUACAGGGGGCUGUGUUGGCACUGUUCUGCAGCUGGUACGUCCAGCUCACCCCCUGCGACUCAGCGCCCUCCAAUGCCAAAGUCCAUGUUCUGCUGCUGUCAUCCUGGAGAUCAGGCUCAUCCUUCCUGGGUCAGGUGUUCAGUCAGCACCCGUCCGUCUUCUAUCUUAUGGAGCCCGGUUGGCACGUGUGGACCAAGCUGCAGAAAAACGGUGCGCGGACGCUUCGAAUGGCUGUGAGGGAUCUCUUACGGAGCGUGUUCCAGUGUGACUUCUCGGUGAUGGAGGCCUACCUUCGGGAGAGCCACAAUGUGUCGUCCUUGUUUAUGUGGAGUCACAGUCGAGCUCUGUGCUCGCCGCCGGCGUGUCCUCUCACGCCACGUAAUCAGUUCAGCAACCAGACGCUGUGCCUGCAGAAAUGUGAUGCACGGGGCCUGCAGCGGGUAGAGAAAGCCUGUGGCACUUACUCUCAUGUGGUGUUGAAAGAAGUGCGCUUCUUUGAACUGGAGUCCCUUUACCCGCUUUUGCAGGACCCGAGGUUGGAUCUCCGCAUCAUUCACCUGGUCCGAGAUCCGCGGGCUGUGAUGCGGUCUAGGGAAGAGUCAGCCAAAGCCUUUGUGACUGAUAACGCUGUCGUCUUGGAGCAGAAAAGCAUCCCAGCGGCAGAGGUUCAGUUUCAGGUCAUGCAGGAGAUCUGCCGCAGCCACGUGCGCAUCAACGAGAGGGCCGUCCUGAAGCCCCCUCCCUUUCUAAAAGGCCGCUACAAAAUGGUUCGCUAUGAGGACAUGGCCCGCGACCCCCUCGGGGAGAUCAACGCCAUGUACAAGUUUGUAGGACUGGAGAUGACCGAAGAGCUGGAGGAAUGGAUCUACAGGGUGACCCACGGAAAGGGCAAAGGCUCCAUUAAAGAGGCCUUCAAAAUCACAUCGCGGAACGCCGCCGACGUCUCCCAGGCUUGGCGCACCGCGCUGCCGCACAACAAGGUCAGGCGAAUCCAGGAAGUGUGUAAAGGGGCCAUGUCGUCGCUCGGGUACAGGACGGUAAACAGUGAAAAAGAGCAGAAGAGGCUCGACAUAGAUCUGCUGGUGCCACGGGAACCCUAUCAGUUCAGCUGGUUACCUGUAAAAAUGCAGCAACCGAGCAGCAGUUAAAACAGGGCUGACAAAGAUUUGACCUCCAAUAGACUACAGAAAGGACUGGAUAAGGGUUAAAAACAGAUGAAAUAGAAACAGAAACUCUUUAUAAACUGAUGAUCUCCUGAUGUUCUCAGCACUCAGCAGGUACCAGUUUCCAGCAGGUACACCAUUAGAACUUGCACAAGCCAGGCCUAAAAACUUUGCGAUGUUAUAGUGAGGAUUGUUUGAUAUUUGUGAACAAACCAAAAUCAUGGCGUCACAUUCAAAUGAUCCGCUUGGAUGUGGGAAAUUACACUGGCUGUACAAACACAGAGCUGGCUGCGUAUCUUUUUUUUUUUCUCACGCUCUCGCUGUGAGAAAAAUUAAGACUGCCCCAGGGCAGCUGUGGCUGCAUUAGUAGCUUACCACCACCAAGUAUGAUUGAGGUGCGAGUGAAUAGUGCAUGGCACUGUAAAGCGUCUUUGAGUACCGUGAAAAGUGCCAUGUAAGUCUAAGUCUAAGGCACUAUUAAGAUGCCGGGAAGGAAGUGAUGAAACACAUCAGAACAAUGAAAAGCAGUUAUUUUGUCUUGGUGAUCUGAGUGUUAUUGAUAUGGUACAGUGAGAAAACUCACACAGUACAAACAAACUGAUAUGAUUGCUAUUUUUAUUGCUAUUUUUAGGAUUUUGGAAUAUGCUGAGUAUCACUUUUUCAACUGCAAAUUAUGUCCUCAAAGUUACAUUUUGUCAGUAUCUUUUUUAUCCAGUAAGAUGAAGUUAGCUCACUUUAUUUUUUUGCAUACCAACGCUGUCACUAAAACCUACCUUAAAUGCUGCUUUUAGUCUGCAGUCGAAUGAGGUCAAGUUGACAAAUACAUGCAUUCUGUUUCUGAUUAUACAGCAUUAACUGUGAUAAAUUUUCAUAAACAUAUCUGUUGCUGUCUACAUAGACAGGUAUUCACAUUUAACUGUUACGUUUGCACUCUGCUGCCUUCCUGUUCUACAGGAAUGUAACCAGAACACAGCGAGCUGGCAGCCACCUGAGUCGAAUCCCCUCGAGUUGUGCUCACUGACAAAGACUCAUUCAGACUGAUGCAACAUGUUGGCAGUCUGUCUGCAUUUAUGAAUGAGACAGCAGUUAUUUUCAAACCUUCAGCAGUCUCUCUGAGAGUGACUGCAGUCGCUCCCAGUGAGACUGUAGCUGUUUGCAGAAAGGUCGCCCUCCAUCAGGCGACUCGUGCAGUUGCAUUGUGAUCAAAAGUGGUCGUGAGUGUGCAGCAUCCUGAGGGUGUGGGCAACUGUGUGAAAAGGUUCGAUAGAAAAACAGAAAACCAAUCCACCUUCAUGUGGGGGCAGGUGUAGUUCCCUUUGCAUGCAAAGACAUACAAACAUAACAGACCCUCAGAAAUAUGAGGAUACUCGGACCCUUUCUGUCAGAAGAUGAUUUCUUUAAACUUUUCCACAUCUCUGUGAUAAGCAGCAGUGGUUCAGGCUUCUGUGCCUGAGAUGACCAUGUUAAGGAUGUCUGCUCUCUACGAUCCGUUCAUUCUUUCAGGUCACGGGGGCAGCAGUCUUAGCAGAGAACUCCUGACCUCCCUCCCCUGUUCCAGCUUUUCCGGGUUCGUUCCCAAGCUGUCCGGGAAACAUAAUCCAUCCUCCCCAUUGUGCAACCCAAAGGGUGAGGGCAGGAAUGUAGAUCAGCCAGUAAAUUAACGCCUUCCUCUUCAUGCUUGAGUCUCCCCUUACUUCAGACUGGUGAAGAGUAUGAAUAUACAGUAAACAUCCAUCAGUGUAACUGUAUGUGUCAGAGAAUACAGAAAAGCAGAACGAGUCAGCCGUAAGUGGAAACGCAGCAGCUUGAAUUGGAUCAUUUUUGGGGGGUUUUGGGCAACAAGGGUGGCACCGAUAAACCGACUGCAAGUUACCAAUCAUUGUGAGGGACUGUGAAUGUGUUGGUCAGUCUGGUUAAUUAGCAGCGUCCACACAGCAGGGAGGAAACAGGCUCUUCCUGUCCCUCUGAAGGUGACACAUCAACACUUGUAGCUGUGAUAAAUUUUAUAAAAAAAGGCAAAAAGAGAGAGAUUGCUCUCUCCUUCCUCACCCAGCGUGGGCUAGAUUAUCUCCUCAGACCGGUCAGGGACGCCCGGCUCCAUUUAAGUGCCUCAGAAUUCAAACGUUCACGUUUUGCUCCCAUUCGAAACUCCUCGUGCGUGAGGAUGGAGCUGAACACCUUCCACGGUGUAUCACAUCCAUGAAAGUAUUGCUCCAUGGUGUGUAAGGAUCGGUAUUCAGAUGUUUACUUAAACUGGAUAAAAGUGCUCAAUGUCUUUCUUUAUGCUUGUUUACAGAUGCGUCUCUCUAAUGCUUGAUUACACUAAUACAAUAAAUGACUUUUAAUGAGUAUUAAAUGUUAAAUCAUGUUGAUUUAUAGCUUCACUGAGAUUAAAAAGAGAAAUUAACUACUAAAAGUAGUUCAUGCUAAAAUAUUGAUUUUUGGGGUCUUUAUGGGAUAGUGCAACAGUGAAGAGCAGGCGGGAAAGUGUGGAAAGGCACGCAGCAAAGGCCAUAGGUCGGACUCAAACCGUUGGCUUUCAGCCCUGAGGUGUGCAGUCACCUUCUCACGCUGAGCUGCUCUCACGCUCAGUGUUAGUUGGUUUUGGUUUGGCAGAUUUUUUUUAACUGCAUCAAAAAUCUUUCCUGAAAGACAAACUUCAACUUCUAACUUUGUGUGAUUUGUGUUUCCUAUAUUGAGUAUUCUGAUUGAAAUUAUAUCUUCUGUUGUACAUUUUUGGAAUCUUGCUACAUGACCGUAUAGCAGUGUUAGUGUUCUACAUGUUUUUGGAAAAGAAUACAAAACAAAAUAUUGUUUAUUUUACUUUAUUUUUAUGAUCUGCACCUGGAUUUGAGGUUUAUUUUAUCAAUGGGAACUUUAAGUGGACUGUUCUGCACAUUAAA